GUCAUGCAACAACAAUUUGAGAGGUUGAACUUGGUGAUGGGGGAAGUGAGGGAUAGGAUUGAUCAUCAAGAAGAAACGAUUAGAAAUUUGCGAGGUGGGAGAGAUAAGAGGCAACGUGAGCCUAGGGUUGAAAAUGAAAAUGAGAAUGAAGGAGCUGGCAAGGAUGAGGAAGACCUAAGAUCUGAAAUUAGGUCGAGUAGACAUCGUAGA